UUCCUGCCUCCUUCAUCUCUCAUUGUAAAAGAGGGGAAAUCCAAGAAUCCAAAAAGUUCGAAAGUUCCAAAGCUCCAAAGCUCCAAAGCCAAUAAUUUGGCCCACCACCACCACCACCACCACCAAAACCCUAACUACGAAAAGAAGACGCUUUUCUCAAUUCUAAUGGAUCCACCACGCCCCUUCCAAUAAUCAAUCAUUACUUUGUGCUAUUACUAUUCCUAUUCCAGUUCCGAUUGUAAACUUCCGCGCGUAUACCAACCAGUACGUACCCAAAUACAGAAGAUGCACGCAUGUGCGAGAAGUGCAUAACCUUACCUACCCAGCCCACCUACAUAAUAUAACAACCUUCCUAGGUAAUAAUAAAGAGUCAACAAGUCAAUUUCUUCCACAAAAAUAUAUCACGUCACAUCAAGGAAAGAUCAAAAUAAUCAUCAUAUUUUCCAAUCAUUUCUUUGCAUAAUCGAAUAGUCAAUCCCUUUAUACCACCGUAUCGCAUUUCGAUACCCUUCAAAAAUGGCGCAAUCAACACAAUCAUCCGUCGCAGGCCAAACCUCUCCAAAAAGUCCUACAUCCCCAGGGAGAUCUAGCAUACCAUCUGCCAUGCAGGCGAUGCCCGAUUCUCGUCAACAAAGCUUCGAAGAAAUCUACGGACCUCCUGAAAACUUUCUUGAAAUAGAAGUCCGCGAUCCCCAAACCCACGGCAUCGGCCGCAGCAUGUACACCGACUAUGAAAUCAACUGCAGCACCAACAUUCCCGCCUUCAAGCUGCGCAAUUCGACCGUCCGCCGCCGCUACAGCGAUUUCGAAUACUUCCGCGACCUCUUGGAGCGCGAAAGUGCGCGCGUGACCAUCCCCCCUCUACCCGGAAAGGUCUUCACCAACAGAUUUAGCGACGAUGUGAUUGAGCAUCGCAGAGAGGGCUUGGAGCGAUUCUUGCAGAUUGUCGUCGGACAUCCUCUCUUACAGACGGGUAGUAAGGUUUUGGCUGGAUUUGUACAAGGUGAGUGACUCUGGUUUUCUUGACACCAUUUGCUAUCCUAUCUCCGGAGCUUCGGAUCAGGGAUUGGGAUCACUUGAUAAUGAAGGAGCUAUGUUAAUCUAUGAGUGGCAGAUCCAAACUGGGAUCGGAAUGCUUGGUGAAGUCGUUGGGAGAAUUUGGAAGUGAAGACUCAACAUGUUCCACGAAAACUCAAGAAACGACGUCCGCAUACCAUGGGAAAGACGAUAUCAAUGGUACAAACAAUGUCCUAAGCUCCAAUGCAGGAAACCUGAAAUAUGAUAAGAUAGCUUACAAAUAUGGGAGCAUGGUAAUUUCAUACUCAAAAUGGGGUGGGGGGGUGUUAGCCGUAGUUUUAUUUAGAUUUUCUCACAUAUACCAAAGGCGUUUAGCUGGUGGGUGGCUGCAUUUUGACCACUCUGGGGAAAUGGUUGCUUGCACAAUUUAACUGCAAGUUCUGUUAUAUCAGCUAUAUCAGAAUCAAGCACAUUAGAAAAUAUUUGAUAUCAUAGACCUGUGUUUAUU